AUGAUUGAGGCUAUAUCUGAAGAAAUCAUCACCGCAUUUGCACAGGUUCUGUACGUGCGAUCAAUGGCUGUCGAGUUGGACCAAAUUGGCGCAGCCGCCAUGGAUUCGGCACAACCCAUCGGACUGAACAUUCUUAUCCCUUUCGAUCAUUACCUCGCCAAUACCGACCUGCAGAUAUUUACUUCCAACAUAGCUGCCAGUGUUUCUACGCAGAUGCGAGCCAAGAACCCCGGAGACAAUGCCAACCUGACCCUGAUCCCCGGGGAUGUCUUCGUUAACGAAGCUUACAUUCAAGUUCAUUGGCCCUGGUUGACUCUCUUUGUGGUCGAGACACUUAUGGCUACCGGGCUGCUGGCUCUCACGAUUAUGAUGACCAAAGACGAACCGCUGUACAAGAGUUCCGCGUUGGCAUUGCUCAAGCAUAGAAUUCCGGGUUGGGAGGAAGAUGGGAGCAGUAGCAAGGUGUCUAUCAAGCGUGGCUCUCAAGUGGUCGAUUACGAAGUUGAGGUGAAGCAAUCGGUCAUAGAAGUCAGGGACACAGAGAAGCGGUUGAAAGAUAGCGCGCGGGAUGUGUUGGUUCAGUUCGACCGGGGAAGUGCAGGAGAAACGAUUAUUACUACACGAGCAAGGGCAAAAUAG